AUGGAACCAGAAAACCACACAGGGAUUCCAGAGUUUUAUCUGUUGGGACUUUCAGAGAACCCAGAGAUUCAGUCUGCUCUCUUUGGGCUGUUCUUGUCUUUGUACUUGGUGACCAUCUUUGGGAAUCUGCUCAUCAUCCUGGCCAUUGUCUCUGAUCCUAAGCUGCACACACCCAUGUAUUUAUUCCUCUCUAACCUAUCCUUUUCUGAUGUCUGCUUCACCUCUACCACUGUCCCAAAGAUGCUGCUGAACAUCCAGACACAGAGUAAGCGCAUCACCUAUGUGGGCUGCAUCACCCAGAUGUACUUUUUCACCGUCUUUGGACUUCUAGACAAUUUGCUUCUGACCGUGAUGGCAUAUGACCGCUUUGUGGCCAUCUGCCACCCCCUGCACUAUACUGUCCUUAUGAGCCCUAAGCUCUGUUCCCAGCUACUUCUCCUGGCAUGGCUCAUAAGCAUUCUUGGAGCCCUACCUGAAAGUUUAACUGCACUGAGGCUGUCGUUCUGUGCCGUUGUGGAAAUCCCACACUAUUUUUGUGAGCUUCCUGAAGUCCUCAAACUAGCCUGCUCCGACACCUUCAUCAACAAUGUCGUGUUAUAUAUUGUAACAGGCAUCAUGGGCUUUUUCCCUCUUGCUGGGAUACUUUUCUCUUAUUCUCAAAUAGUGACAUCUGUCCUGCAGAUUUCAACAGCAGGAGGAAAGUAUAAAGCGUUUUCCACCUGUGGUUCUCACCUCUCUGUUGUCUCUCUGUUCUAUGGAACCUGCCUUGGAGUGUACCUCAGUUCUACAUGGACACAAGGUUCCUGGGCAGGGGUGUUUGCUUCCGUUCUGUAUACUGUGGUCACUCCUAUGAUGAACCCCUUCAUCUACAGCCUGAGGAACAGGGACAUGAAGAGAGCCCUGAAUAUGCUUCUAUAUAAUCUGUCAUCUUCACCUUGAAAGUAGGGGAAUUGUGUAUGUGUAUGUAUUUAAGUGUGUGUGUGUGUGUGUGUGUGUGUGUGUGUGUGUGUGUGUGUGUGCACAACAAGACAACCUUCAAGAUGACCAUCUACCUUGUUCUUGGAGACAGAGUCCCUUGAGGGCGUGCUUCAG